AUGACCGAAGAGAAGAAACUGCCGACCUUUGACGAGCUCCCUCAUUUCCACCAGUACACAGGAUGCGCGUGGGGUGUAUGGGGGCCGGAUGACGAACUCGGGACGGUGAACCUAUUGACGGAGAAGGUUGUCGCAGAGGCACUCAAAGAGGCCAAGCAGGGAAAGAUGAUUUGCUUGAACCUCCCUGUCAACUAUCCCGGCAAGCCGUGCUUCAAACGUCAACCUCCGAUCCACAACCAAUGGAUGCGUUCUGAAGCCACCAACGACGAUAUGCUUGUUCUCAAUACACAAUCUGGCAGUCAGUGGGACGGCUUGCGCCACUACGGUGUUUUCGGUGGCCACAAUGUCUUCUAUAACAACACACCGGCAGCAAGUAUCGCCCAGGGCCAUUUCUUCAUCAGCGAUCCCGACGAACUGGAGAAGAACAAACAUAAGAUCAAGCUCGGCAUUCACAAUUGGGCAAAGCAUGGUAUCUGCGGCCGCGGUGUUCUGCUUGACAUGGUGAGAUUCUACACUGAAGACGGCGCGAAGCCGCUGCCAUACGACCCGUGGACGACGCACGCGAUUCCGGCGAGCGACCUCGAGGCGUGUGCAAAGAAGGAAGGCAUUACAUUCAAGACAGGCGACAUCCUUAUCCUGCGUGUCGGCUUCACGCAGAAAUGGUACUCGGUGACGCGGGAGGACCGUGAAGCGUUGAGCACGCGACCGGAGACCUUCGCCGGAAUCGAGCAGUCCGAAGAUACGAAGCGUUUCCUCUGGAACAACCACUUCGCGGCCGUUGCUUCUGAUAUGCCUUGCCUAGAGCGCUGGCCCACCCCGGCGGGUACGCCGAACAUGCAUCAGACUAUCCUUGGACUGUUCGGCAUGCCCAUCGGCGAGUUCUUCGAGCUCGAGGACCUUGCAAAGGCUUGUGCCGAAGCAAAGAAGCACACAUUCUUCUUCUCCCUGGGUGGUGUUGCGAGCCCGCCAAAUGCCGCUGCGUACCUGUAA